UAAGAAAGUGUUGUAAGUGACAGUUUGAGUGCAUCUUAUUAGACAGAAUAAAACCAAUUUAGACUUGUACUUUACUUCAGUUUAUCAUCAUGAGACCGAAAUUGCUUCUGUUUGUAGUUUCAUUUACAAUUGCUACGUUUGCGCUUUCUGAAAGCUCAACGUUACAAUCUUUAAGUGAAGAUGUGGCAGAAGCAAAACUUCAAAGAGCUUUUAACAGUUACUUCCUUAACAAGGACGACAGCGCUUUAAAUGAAAUGAUUGAUCAAAUUCAGAUGCCCGAGUUGAUGAGGGAAUACGGUGAAAUCACGUCGUUCGGCAUAGGAAACAAUCUUGUUUGCACAGCGUGCAGAACAUCCCUGGAUGCCCUUCUUCUUGCUAGGAAAAAGGGAAUAACAGAAGACGAACUUUUCGUCUUGCUUUCGAAACUAUGCAUUGACAUGGGUAUUCAAACUGAAACCGUUUGUUACGGUGUCUUAGAAGAGCAUUUAGGUAUUGGUUUGUACAUAGCCGAUAAUGGGCAAAAUGUUACGGGGAAAUGGGCUUGUUCACUUAUACUACAAAAAUUGAACUGUCCGAAAGUGGCCGGUAAAGAUUGGUCGAUACAGUUGGAUAAUCGAUAUGGUCCAGAACUAUCAGAACAGCCAAAGUUUCGUUUUUAUUCCCUUAAAACUUAUAAUUAUUAUUCUUCAAAUAUAGUUAAAAUCCUUCACAUUUCUGAUUUACACUAUGAUGCAAUGUAUACUCCAGGAAGCAAUGCUGAAUGUAAUAAUCCUGUUUGUUGUGGCCCAGACUCAGGGAAAGUUGCAAAUGCUUUAGCUCAAGCUGGUUACUGGGGAGAUUAUAGGGAUUGUGAUACACCAUGGCAUAGUAUCGUAAAUACAUUUGAUAAUAUCAAAGCGACACAGCAGGAUCUAGCAUACGUUUAUUUAACUGGUGAUAUUAUUAGUCACAGAGUUUGGAUGACUUCUAAGUCAGACAAUACCAAAUAUCUUUUAAAAGGGUAUAAUCUUAUCGACCAGUAUUUUUCAUCAAGUCAAAUUUUUCCGAUAUUAGGAAAUCAUGAGCCCCAUCCAUUAAACCAGUAUGCACCGGAAAGUAUAACGGGGGAGUAUAGUACUAAAUGGUUAUUUAGCUUAAUUCAGCACGAAUGGAGUAAAUGGCUUCCUGAAAGUACUUAUGAAACUAUAAAGAGAGGAGGAUAUUACACAGUUAAAGUAAACAACAAAUUCAGAAUUAUUGCAUUAAAUUCUAACGUGUGCUACACUGCCAAUUUCUGGCUCUUAUACGACAAUGGAGAUAUUUACGGUCAAUUAAAGUGGUUACGAGAUGUACUGUCAGAAGCCGAAAUGAAUAGCGAAUCAGUCCAUAUUUUAGGACAUAUUCCUACAGGAUCUAGCAUUUGUUACGAGACGUGGGCAAGAGAAUACAGAAGGAUAAUUACUAGAUAUGCCAGAAACAUUAAAGCUAUUUUUAACGGUCAUACUCAUAAAAACGAGUUUGAACUAUUUUACAAUACUUCAGAAAGUUCAAACCCUAUAUUAAUGGCGUUUAAUGGGGGUAGCUUAACAACUUACAGUGAUUUAAAUCCAAAUUAUAUCGUAUAUAAUGCUGACGCAGAAUCUUUAGAUAUUUUAGACGCUGAAACGUAUAUUUAUAAUUUAACUUCAGCAAAUCUCGCAGGUCGAGAUUCAGAACCUGAAUGGUAUAAAUUGUAUUCAUUCCGAGAAUGCUAUGGAAUACACAGUUUACGAAGAUCAGAAUUAAAUAACUUUGUCGAAAAUAUGGCAAAAAACAAGACCACGAAACAAUUGUAUUACCGGAAUAAAUACUUAAAUUCGGACCCAAUUCUAAAAGCUGGAUGUGAUGACAGUUGUUUAAUGAAUCAUUUAUGUGAAACCGUAACUUCGUUGUCUGGUGAUACUUCGCACUGUACCAGAUUACAAGAAAUAUGGGAUACCGAAAAUUAAAUAGGUAAUUUGUUUUAUGUUAAUCAAGUAAAUACGUCAAAAAAUAAAAUAUGUUUUGUAUGAA